AUGGACACCCCCAGGAAUACACCCGUCAAAAGAAGACUUGGUGAAAAUGAUCCCAGGGGAGACGACCAGUAUGAAGAGAAUGAAACUGCUGCAUCGUAUGCGCGGAAAGAACAAUGCACCUGGGAUCAUCGCAAAGCUCCUUACCGAUUCGAGUCAUGUGUCUUCACCCUUUCUCCCUCCCACGAGGCUCGAGACGCGCAAGGAUUAAUUGACCAAGAUGGAUUGGCAGCCGCACGCCUCCCAGAAACUCAGGAUUUCGACACUCUUGCAAAUUGCUCGUCGCCCCCAUCGUUCGCUUUUCAACCCGCCAGGUCCCUCAGAGAUCGUGGAUUCCUUCUGGAGCUUGUUAAUGUUGGAUCCGACCCAGCGGAAGACGUCAAGGAAUAUUUGACCUUGGUUGAGUCUGCAAACUCAUGCCGAUUGGUCGAUCAAUGGCUUCCGUUAUGCCCAACCGAAACAAGACACGACGAGGGUUUAUCGUUUCCAGAGAGAUCCAGUUGGGUUCACUCCCUUCUCCUACGAGCACUCGACAAGGAGCAGAUCGAGCUUUCAAAAACGUCACUGGAAUUGGAGGCAGAAGUAGCGAACCCUAAAAAAUGUCCACCUAGGAAGCUACCAGUAAGGCUGGAUUUCCCAUGUGCGAAAUAUAGGGCAAAAGAGUUGCUACCGGUUAGCCCGCCCUUGUCUCCAGUUUCCGAUGACGAUGGUGAUGACGACGGAAACGCCUAUUUUGUGCCAAGCGAAGGGGUAUGUAUAAUUGACUUAACGUCGGAGCCUGAUAGUCCGGAGAAGGAUAUGACUUUUGAGAAGGUGGUGCAGCAGAUUCCAGACCCUGGACCGCCAAUUCCGAUCAGUUAUGAGAAUUUCCCUAGUCUUGAAACAUCUCCCAUCACUUUGGCAAUUUCAACCCAUUCGAAAGAAGACCCUAGACUAGAUGUUCCACUUGUAUCUAGCGCUUCGUCAACCAGGACAUACGAGAAUGCCCUCCAGAACGAUAUCCUAGAGCUGAACACGGGCUGUAACGAAGAGGACCCAAUUGAUGAGCCAAUUGGCGGGUUCUUUGACGAAGCUUUUAACGCGACAGUUGAAGCUUGCCAUUCCAGAUCAAUGCUACUGGUCGGCCAGGAGUGUUUCAACCCCCACGAGUCCAUUUCUCGGGUCCCAGUCCCUCGGCUAGAGCUUUAUGUACCACCCGAGGAAUACACCGGUAUUUCUGAACCGAAAGAUCUAUUUCGCAGGAUGAAUGCCAAGAAUAAGCUUGCCUUUUCCAUCCACAAGGAGCAAUGCAGUUCUGAGCUAUCAACCAUAUUGAAAUGGGAUCCGUUUAACCAUUCUAGAAUAGGCCACUUCUCUGCAAUAGAGGACCUCGAACCACUCACUGAUAAAAGUGAAGAACUUCUGGCUAUACCAUCCUCGCCUCGAAAGGGAAAUUUCGAUCACGCAACCAAAGAGAGAAAAUUAGCCAUACUUACUUUUGAUGAGAAAGAUUUGGAGGACAUAAGCGAAAGCGAGUCCUUGAAUUCUCCGAGCGAUCAUGCCACCUCCUCCGAUCGGACAUUGGGUCAAAUAUCCCAAGAACCCGAAUUCAAUUUCCUUGAAUCUAUCCGUUUCUCAUCUUUAGGGCAUUUACCAAGAUCAAACAUGAACAAGAAACCGGAUCUAUUUCUUCCUCUAGCUAGUGACGGAGCAGCCACUAGCAAGUUACUAGCAAGCUUCAUGGAACUGAGUGGUGCGAAGAGUUCAUCAGAAGUGCCCAGCUCUGGCGAGCCCAGCGAACAUCCCGACACGAGUUCAAAAAAUAAAUACGGGCGUCAAGCAGCCCAAACUAUUGUCAGCUCAGAAUCAGCAUUGCCUUCAACAAGUACCCCUGAACUAGUUCCAGCUGAAGUACCAAAAUUCACUGAACCUGACCGACACGGUGUAUUCCUGGUUUCACUUAACAUCGACCAUUAUAUUCUUCGUCAGCUGGAGAGAUACUGGCCUCCAGGAUGUUUGAUCGAUCGAGAUAUUUCAAAUUGCAAAAACUGGUACUUGUCGGAUGCCGACGAAACAGGCCGAGAAAGCUCCAACUCACCUGAACUAUCUGAUUGUGAUAUAAUUCUCACAUCCAGCGUAGGCAUAAUCAUCACGAGCCUUGUCAAGGCUAAACAAACACAACUUCCGGGAUCAACAAAACGACCGGAGCUACAGGCACGAAUCAUAUCCGCAAGUGAGAGAUAUGAAACGCUAUUCGUCUUAGUAUCGGAAGAAAAUUUGUCUGGGGAAGUCGUCGGCAACCCAAACCCCUCUGAUGUGGCUGCAUAUGCGGAAUUCGUAAACUUUACUCUCAGUCUUGGCGCAAAUGUGAUAUCUCAUUACGUUCCCGGCGCAACCGAUACACUCGCCAAGUGGAUUGCAUCAUUCAUGUCCCAUUACACGCCAUAUGUUCUCGAAAUUAAGCGUUUUCUAACAUGCCAGGAGACCAACUGGGGGAUGUUUCUCCGGCAAGCUGGGAUGAAUGCCAUGGCCUCUCAGGUGCUCGCAGGCGUGUUGUUCGAGGAGUCUGGAAAUCGCGGGUUGGUUUCGUUCCUCGUAAUGCCAAUCCAAGAACGCAUUUCAAAAUACGCUCAGAUCUUAGGAGGACAGAAACAACUCGAAGGGGUCAGUAAAAUCUUGGACGAAGCUUGGGGAUGA